AAUUAGGCCCCAGAGGCAGCAGUGGGAUUAGUAUUCUUAGUAUGAGAUCUCCCGGAUGCUGAAUCAGCCCCUGGCUUAGGGAGAGAAGGUCACUUUAUAAGGGUCUGGGGGGGGUCAGUGCCUGGAGUCGCCCUGUGGGAGCCAUAGGUGGCUGAGCUCGCCAGGCAGCCUCGGUCUCUGUCGACGACGACGAACAGCCUGCGGGGCAGCCUAGAGGGCCGCAGCCAUGAACGGCACGGAGGGCCCCAAUUUCUAUGUGCCCUUCUCCAACGUCACGGGCGUGGUGCGCAGCCCCUUUGAGCACCCACAGUACUACCUGGCUGAACCAUGGCAGUUCUCCAUGCUGGCAGCUUACAUGUUCCUGCUCAUCGUACUGGGCUUUCCCAUCAACUUCCUCACGCUCUACGUCACGGUGCAGCACAAGAAGCUCCGCACGCCGCUCAAUUACAUCCUGCUCAACUUGGCCGUGGCGGACCUCUUCAUGGUCUUCGGAGGCUUCACCAUCACACUGUACACGUCACUGCAUGGCUACUUUGUCUUUGGGCCCACAGGCUGCAACCUCGAGGGCUUCUUUGCCACACUGGGCGGUGAAAUUGCCCUGUGGUCCCUGGUGGUUCUGGCCAUUGAGCGGUACGUAGUGGUCUGCAAGCCCAUGAGCAACUUCCGCUUCGGGGAGAACCAUGCCAUUAUGGGUGUGGCCUUCACCUGGGUCAUGGCAAUGGCCUGCGCUGCUCCCCCUCUUGUCGGCUGGUCCAGGUACAUCCCCGAGGGCAUGCAGUGCUCAUGUGGGAUUGACUACUACACGCUCAAGCCCGAAGUCAACAAUGAAUCCUUUGUCGUCUACAUGUUUGUGGUCCACUUCACCAUCCCCAUGGUCAUCAUCUUCUUCUGCUAUGGGCAGCUGGUCUUCACAGUCAAGGAGGCCGCUGCCCAGCAGCAGGAGUCAGCUACCACUCAGAAGGCAGAAAAAGAAGUCACGCGCAUGGUCAUCCUCAUGGUCAUCUUCUUCCUGAUCUGCUGGGUUCCUUAUGCUAGCGUAGCCUUCUACAUCUUCACCCACCAAGGCUCCAACUUUGGUCCCAUCUUCAUGACCUUGCCAGCUUUCUUUGCCAAGAGCUCUUCCAUCUACAACCCGGUCAUCUACAUUUUGAUGAACAAGCAGUUCCGGAACUGCAUGCUCACUACGCUGUGCUGUGGCAAGAAUCCUCUGGGUGAUGACGAGGCCUCUGCCACUGCCUCCAAGACGGAGACCAGCCAGGUGGCUCCAGCCUAAGCCUGGCCAGAGACUGUGGC